AUGCGUACAACUUCGGACGACGUCAUGUGGCCAUUGUCGCCUAUGGACGCUGUGAUGAAUGGCUUUGGGUUCGUGAUCCUCUACAUCUUUCCGCCGCCUCUCUCUUUGCCUUACGACCUCAAAAAGCUGCACUUGUCCUUCAUCUCGCUAGUCGAGCAUGACUACCCUAUUCUUACGGGAAAGCUCAAUGUCGAGUCUGAGACUGGAGCUGUAAACGUACAACUAUACGCUGAAAGUCGACAACCCGGUGCUGCUGCCAACAUUCGGUUCGAAACGAAAGUGUCAACGUCCGUGACGACCGAUCAGGCCAUACAAGAGCGGUCGUGGGACUUCAUGCCGACCACAAGAUGCAAUACGGAGCCCAUUAGUGUGAAAGGGACGGUGCUAGUCGACGGCGGGUUGGCGAUCGGAGUAGACGUCAGCCACACGUUGUUCGACGGGGAGUCUUUUUUCACCUUCAUGACCGUAUGGGGUCAACACUACAAUGGCGUGGAAACGAGCAACCGGUUGGUUGUAAAUCAUGACCGGCAUUUGCUGAUGAGGAAGGGACGUCCGUCGUCCAUGCAGCACCCGGAGUUCCGAGUCGUCGAGGCAGCAGCUGCGAACGGUGACGAAAAAGAGGAUGCAGCGCCAGCAUCAGCUCAAGCUCUGCCACCAACAGCUCACCACUUGUUCCACUUCACGCCUUCCAUGAUGAAGAAGAUCAAGGAAGUAGCCAUGUGGAACAGUCGAGCUCAGGACGAGGUCACUGUUGCUACUGAUACUACAGCUGCAUACGUGAGCACAGUUGAUGCGAUCACUGCACUGUUUACGGUGCUCAUAUCACGAGCCCGCGGUCACGAAAAAGACGUGCGGAUCACGACUGGCGUCAACGCUCGACAGCGUCUCGAUCCCCCUCUACCGGCGAAUUAUGUCGGAAAUGUCAUUUUCAACGCGCUGUCGACGUACAGCGCUAGCGACUUGCAGUCGAACGGUGGGAACAUAGCUGAGGUGUCGCCUGCCUUGCUCGGAAGGCUCGCUCGACGCGUGCGUGCAUCAAUUCUCCAACGUGAUGCCACGUACCUGAGCGACGCGAUCAGCUUUUUGACCGAGCAGAGCAACGUUGCUGCCGUAAAAGUUGGCACGGACUUCUUCUUUGGUCCCGAUCUCAUGUUCACGUCAUGGCUACACAUGGGCAUGUACGAUGCAGAGUUCAGCGGCACGCAUCCAUGGUAUGCUUGUGUGCCUAGCUUUCCAUGCUACGAUGGCUUUGUUAUGGUCACUGAAGCCCAACAUGGUGGCGAAGGGAUCGACGUUGGCGUAUUUCUCGAAUGCAGUGCUAUGGAGAAACUCCGAGCAGCGUUUCGAGAGGUUUCCUAUCUCGAUGACUAA